UCCUCGUCACACACCGCCAUUCUGGCUACAGCAGGGCGGAGGAGCGGAGCGGAGUUCAGAGUCUAGAGUUUAGAAACAGUCUCCUCUAUUGGUCAGUCAUGCAGUCCUGCAGUUCUGCUCUCUGUAUCCUGAUCUUACUGAUCUCUACAUUCACUGCUGUGACUGAAUCAGCUGUUCCUACAGUGAAGGUGAAUCUUCAUGACUGUGCUACUCUGUCCUGCUCUGAGAGAUGCUCUGGUUUGGUCAGAUGGACUGUGUUCAGUAAACCUGGAGAUGUUCUGGCUGAGUGUGAUCAGACUUCAUGCAAAUCAGUGAAGGAGGGAUAUCAGAUGAUCCACGAUCAGUACCUGAAGGGAGAUCUCUCUCUCAUCAUCACCGACGCUGAUUUUAUUAAGAGAAACAGGUACACGUGUGACUGUGAUGGCAAAGACAUCUGUGACGUACAUCUUCAGAUUGAGUCCUUGAACACUACAGUUCAGAUAAAGCCUGGUGAACACCUGGUCCUGGACUUGGAUGUAUCAGAAGAAGUGGAACUGCUUUAUAACAGUACAGGUUCAGGUAGACCAUCCAGUGGUCAGAUGUGUACAGUGAUAAUACGGUCACUACAGUGUAAACCUGAAUAUGAACAGAGAGUUUUGGCUGCUCUUCAUCUGAGAAAUGUGACUCCAUCUGAUAGUGGAGUUUAUACUGUAAUGGACGCCAGGAAUGAAGAGGUCAUUCACACCUACACAGUGACCGUGGGGUCAGCAGGUGGAGGUGAAUUAAAGGAUAAAGGAGCUGCUGUUCCAGCCUGGGUGACUGUACUGGUGGUUGUACUUGUGGCUGUGAUUGUGGGAUUAGCGGUGAAGAUUGUGCAGCUGAGGAGAAAAAUUCGGGAGCUCCAGGCAAAGAAUGCGUGAAGGAUAAAAGGAAAGAGUUUAAAUGAAUGACCUCAGUAAACACAGUCCAGAAGAGGAGAGCCUGUCAUUCUCCAACAAUGACCAGAAGAAACUGAUCAAACUCUUCCUUUAUCUUUUCUUCUCUUUCAUUCUUUCCUUCUCUUGCUCUGUGUUUAUAUCCAUGCAUGAUGGUGGCUACUGAAAUGUAUCUGCUCUUCAUCUGUAAUGUUGAAAUGUAACGUUUUAUUUUAUUACAGUUCUCUUAUUCUCAGCUGAGGCUUCUAUAGUUGUCUCAUUCUCAGCUGAGGCUUCUAUAGUUGUCUCAUUCCCAGCUGAGGCUUCUAUAGUUGUCUCAUUCUCAGCUGAGGCUUCUAUAGUUGUCUCAUUCCCAGCUGAGGCUUCUAUAGUUGUCUCAUUCCCAGCUGAGGCUUCUAUAGUUGUCUGAUUCUCAGCUGAGGCUUCUAUAGUUGUCUCAUUCCCAGCUGAGGCUUCUAUAGUUGUCUCAUUCCCAGCUGAGGCUUCUAUAGUUGUCUGAUUCUCAGCUGAGGCUUCUAUAGUUGUCUCAUUCCCAGCUGAGGCUUCUAUAGUUGUCUGAUUCUCAGCUGAGGCUUCUAUAGUUGUCUCAUUCUCAGCUGAGGCUUCUAUAGUUGUCUCAUUCUCAGCUGAGGCUUCUAUAGUUGUUUCAUUCUCAGCUGAGGCUUCUAUAGUUGUCCCAUUCCCAGCUGAGGCUUCUAUAGUUGUCUCAUUCUCAGCUGAGGCUUCUAUAGUUGUCUCAUUCCCAGGUGAGGCUUCUAUAGUUGUCUCAUUCUCAGCUGAGGCUUCUUUAUUCACCCACUUUACUGUCUAAAAGGUCUGAAGGCCCCUUUCAUUACCACCAAUUCAGCAACAUACACUAGAACUCUCAUUCUGAGGCUUGUGCACACUUUAACUCUCAGAACCUGGACAUUAUCAGGAGCCUUUCUCUGGUCAUGGGCCUUGAGUCAUCAGCUACUAUUCCUGCUUUUCAAUUCAAAUAAUUUCAUAUUUUAGUAUAUACAUUUUUGUUUGCGACUGCGACCCAGAAGGAUCAGCGGUUUAGAUGAUGUGUGUGUGUGUGUGUGUGUGUGUGUAUUUGGGCAGCCACCUAUUGCUUAUCUAUAGAUGUUCAAACUGAUAACAAAUCACCUGCUGAUUCUCAACCCUGUUGGAAGAUCAAGGUCAGGGUGAGUUUUAGGUUUUGAUUAGAUGUUAGGAUCAAGGUCAGGGUGAGUUUUAGGUUUUGAUUAGAUGUUAGGAUCAAGAGAGCAUUUCUAAUGUCCAGAAGAAGACUGUCACCCCAUCCAGUAAUGACCAACGAAGAUCAUCACUAAUCAAUGUCUUGCUUUCUUUUAUUAUUUCUCUUUUGUUUUUUCAUUCUUUUUGGGGGGACGUUCACUAAACAGAAAUCAUUUAUACUUGUAAAUGAUGUAAUAUAGGUUUUAGAAAUGAUUUAAUAUCAGUGAAUGUUGUUAAUUGUGCCUUAUUACAGAUACCAUGUGGUCAGUGUUGAAGGGCCAGGUGUAAUUGUGUAAUGGGGAUACAUGUUUGGCAACUUAAACUUCAGCGCUAGAUUUGAAAUGCUCUACUAAAAGGACACACCCCCUGUAAACCCGCCCCCAAAUUCCAAACAUCUGGAGUGCAAUCAGUAACACAAGCACAACAAGCUACCCAGUGAAAAGCUACCGCUAGCUAACAGAGCUGUAAGAGCUAAUGUUUAUUUUUACUGCAUUUAAUGUGUUCAAUCUGCAACAUCUACACUCUUUUUUAACUAACAAGCCCAGGUUUUUGGGAAUCUUUUCAGUCACACUAACUUAUGUUAUCAAGGGGUAAUGUGAGCUGGAUGUGAGUCCAUUACAGGACCAGUGUGUAUGUUUUUCUGUUUAAA